AGGUCAGUCCCAGUCCAGGUAGAUCCGUGGGCUGAUUUGCAGAAGAACUUUACCGUCUGAGUAAACCUAUAAGUCGUUGAAACCACAGUAGCUACCCGUGUCACUGAGCACUUUGCCGCUGCUCUAUUGUUUACACGGUGCUGUUUAUGGUAGAUGGCGGGACACACAGCUACUGAGAUUUAACAAUUCAAAGUGUCAUGCCAGUCCCAGCAAUGGCGGAGCCUGUGGUUGAUCACCAGAAACGCUUUCAGGCUGCUGUGGAUGUUAUCCAUAACCUCCCCAAAAAUGGCUCCUACAGGCCGUCCUAUGAGGUGAUGCUGCGUUUCUACAGUCUGUACAAGCAAGCAGUGUGUGGACCCUGUACACUGUCCCGACCCGGCUUCUGGGAUCCAGUGGGUCGCUACAAAUGGGAUGCCUGGAGCAGUCUGGGGGAGAUGAGCAGUGAGAGUGCCAUGGCAGCAUAUGUGGAUGAGAUGAAGAAAGUAGCUCAUGAGGUCAUUGACACCAUGCCCAUGAAUGAGAAGACAGCCUCGCUCUUCCACCAUUUCGAGCCUCUCUACCUGGUGAUUGAUGAUAUGCCGCGGCCUCCAGGGUCACUGCUUGCACUUAGAGAAGGUCUUAAAGGCACUGAGCAAGCUGCCAGGUCAGCAGAGAUGAAGAGUGAGGAUGAGGAGCAGGAUCACCCUGAAGAAGAUUCUUCUCUUCCAGAGGAUCCAGAUCAGGAGCUUAGCCUGGCUGAAGUUAUAGACCUCACUGCCAACACCAUCCCAAAUGACUCUGGAGUGUCUGAGGGUUUGGUGUUGACCAGUGACUCAGAGAGUGAGAUCUUCUGUGACUCAGUGGAUUCAGUGGAGCAACUUGGUAACAUCAAGAUUCCAGUAGUCAAGUCCAACGGUUUUCAGAAUGGGCAUGUGUCUAUGGAGUCAUCUCUCCACCUGGACACUCGACAGGCCGGAGCAGGUAGAGGUGGAGAGGGAGCUGAGGAUGGGAAGGGUCAGGGUCCCAUUAGCAGGAGGCAAGACAGUGGGCGGGAUGGUUCCUACCACAACUGGAGAGAACGUGGUGUUCCUCAGGGCAGUCCAAGAUGGGGGACCCCGGGUGGUGGUAGCGGGGCUGGACGAGGAGGAGGGGACGGCUCAGAGGGUGGGGAAGAAAGGCUCCAUGACACUCAGCUACAGCAGCAGAUCAUCGUAGCCCUAUGGAGGCUCAGAGAGGACAUGAGGAGUGUGAUGGACAGGCUGGAGGUGGUGGAGAGGCUCGCUGCCACACAUGCUCAGGGUUCAGAGUGGAGAACCUGUCUGCAGUGUGCAGCCACAGCGUCGCAUCAACAGGAGGAGAGGUGGUGGCCAUUUGACGUGUCAGGUCAGACCGUCUUCCUCUUCCUGGUGUGGCCGUUUGUUGCUCAGGGUCUGGUCUACCUGUUGAGAAAAGCCCAAAGGAGAAGUCGCAUGUCUUCGUGAAAUGAGCCAAUGAAGACUCCCAACCAAUCAGCCAAAGUAAUCCAUCGGUGCAAGAAGUUACAUUCCUAAGGAUUGAUUCUAAUAUGAAUUUAUGAGAAGGCACUCUCCACCCUCAGUCUGUGCACUAGGGGGACGGAGGGAAUAUUGUGGUCUUAGUGUCUGUUUGGAGACAGAUGUAUCUGGCUGUAUUGUACACUGCAGAGUCCUGAAAUCUUCACACUCGUUACAGCAAAUGAAUCUUUAAACUACUCAAGUGGAUUCAUCUGCUGGCUUGUGUUGGGCAGGAGCAGUCAGCUACUCAACAUGAUAUUGUCUUCAUCACACCUGGAGAAGUGAUUAUACUGAUUAUGGGGAGCCUGAAUUAACAGCUUGGAUUAUAUUAUUUUAUUCUCCAAGUAGUUGGUACCUAAUGUGCAUUCACUUUAUUCCCUUUCUUCUGGUUUGUUGACACAAACUCAAUUUCUUUGGAAUAUACUGAAUAUUAUCAGAAAAAUAUCAGUAUCUGCUUUAAAAUGGAAGAAGUCAAUCUACAGAUUUCAUGUAGUUGCAAUAAUGUGACUGUCUCUGAAAUGUCUAUUAACCACAAUAUUACACUGAACAGUAAAUGUCAUAGGAGCAGACUGAAAGUGCUGAGGAGCUGCUCUGAACUGGCUGAGGAGACUCUAUACUUGUCAUUUCAUUGUAAUCUUUGAGUUCUGGGCUCAGGUUGUUUGUCAGUGUCUCCUUUUGCCUACAUCCAAGUCUUUCAUUGAAAUAAUGUGUUUCCAUUGCUCAGGUGCCUCCAUCUCUUUGACUGCUUGUACAUUAUUACAUCUGAUCGACAUUUAAGUGUGUAGCUUCUGUAUCUCACUUUCUGCAUCCAGUAUGUCUGUUUACAGAAUCAGUUUGUUCUGUUAUCUGCUGUAACUGAUAAACAAUUAGUAAAAUACACUGAGAUGACAAGUGUAAUUGAAAACGUUCAAUUAUAAAGAACUGAUUUCAUGUAUGAAG